UUUGCCCUGGUUUGAGGUCUUCUACAAACUUCUGAAUAAUCUAGCCGACUACUCAACGAAAGGACAGACCAACGAGAUGAAGGAGCUACUCUCAGUCCUCUACAAGCACCCCAUGCCUCCGGCCAAUGGCUCCAUCACGCUGCAGAUGGGAGGGAAGCUAAUGAUUGGAAGCCAUAUGCCUGGCAUCUGUGGACACGUCCCUAAAGGGGAGGAGUCAGAGGGGAUCCCGUACUUCAUCGCGCCAGAUCCCAAAGCCCUGCCCUCUAUUCCAGAGAGUAGGAACCUGACAGAGCUGGUGGUGGCGGUGGAUGUGGGAAACCUGUUACAGCUCUACGCCAGCAUGCUGUUUGAGAGACGGAUCCUCAUUUACUGCAGCAAACUCAGCACUCUGACGGCCUGCAUACACGCAUGUAACGGGAUGCUGUACCCCAUGUACUGGCAGCACAUCUUCAUCCCAGUGCUGCCUCCUCAUCUGCUGGACUACUGCUG